AUGCGCGGUGGGCAGAGCUUGGUGCUGCCGCUGGGGGGUCACUCAGGGGGGCAAUACCAGCAGCACAGCCUCCACUGUGACCAGCCCAGCCACGACAUACACCUGCUCGACAGCCCCGGGAGCCAGGACUCCAGAUCAUCCUCCGCCUUCCAGAGGUCCCUGCCCGUUGGCUCUCCGCACCACCAGGACAGCUGCGGUGUCAGCGGCCGCAGAGCCGCCUUGCCGUACGGCAUCAAACAGGAGGCCACCAUGGGCUAUAAGAACUCUUCCACGGGCCCGGGGACCCUCUGCGCGGCCCAGGCCCCUUUCCAGUGCUCCCGGGAGGGCAUGGCCGCCGGCCUGCGGAGGGGGGAGAUGGCGGAGGCCGGCAGCGCUAGCAACGGCGGGAGCUGCGACCGGGUGUGCAGGACGAGCGGCCGGGGCGCCGGCGUGUCACAGGAUGCGGCGUGCGCCUUUAAUAAUGAAGAUGGCUCCUCCCCGCUGGCUUUGUCCCCCGCCGGAGCCCGUCACUCAGCACGCCCGCUCGACGGCAGCAGUCCCAAGAGGCAGCGCCUGUCCCUGGCGCCGCAGUCCGUCCCCGCCACCGGCCCCAGCGGAGCCGCCGUCGCCGGGUCCCCGUCGGUCGCCAGCGCCGCCCGCGAGGGCAUCGACCUCGCCUCUAUCAUCCGCUCCUCCUCCCAGAUGUCAGCGGUGGCCGGCGUCAACGUCCUCUCGCCCGGCCACGCCAGCAACGCCGCCUCCUCCUACUCCUCCUCCUCCUCCUCCUCGACCACCACCUCCCCCGCCGCCUCCUCCGCCUACUCCGCCCAGGCCGCCCCCCACAAGCCCCAGCCCCUGGCCCCGCCCCCGCCGCACGGCAGCCCCCAGCAGCCGACGAGACGGGAGAGCUGUCAGCUGCCCUCGCCCGCCGCCUGCCUGCUGUCCCUCUCCUCCUGCACCUCCUCCUCCUCCUCCUCCUCCUCCUCCUCUCCCGCCUUGUCCUCCCGGGGGCUGUGCGAGGAGCAGGGCUCCAUGCAGCUGGGUCCCGGGGCGGGAGGUGGGCCCAGAGGAGGCUCUGACGGGCUCGGCUUGCUCAUGAACGGGGCUAUGAUGUCCGGGCCCGUUCCCGGACCAGGGACACCCCACGACGGAGGCCAUAGGCUGGCUGCAGCCCUGAAACAGGAGCCCCUGGAUGACUUCUCCUCCAACGAGGAUGUGCUCUUUCAGCACCACUACCACCAUCACCACCACCUUAACGGGCACAACGGCCACCGGCGUCAGCUGCAUAACUCCGCCAUGCCUCCACCCUACCACCUCCACCAGUACAUGGGGCCCAGCCCCGGGGAGCUGCUUCACCUUCAGUCCACGGCACCCGCCCCCUCCCUGGGACCCAAGUCCUCCGCUAGGGGCCCAGCUAGAUCUCACUCAGACCCCGAGAGAGACGAGCUCGCCGGGCCUGCCCCGGGCGACCGGCAGGUUUGUCGCUGGAUUGACUGCAGUGCUGCUUAUGACCAGCAGGAGGAACUAGUGAGGCACAUCGAAAAGGUGCACAUUGACCAGCGCAAAGGAGAGGACUUCACCUGCUUCUGGGCCGGCUGCAUCCGCCGCUACAAGCCGUUUAACGCCCGCUACAAGCUCCUCAUCCACAUGAGGGUCCACUCUGGGGAGAAACCCAACAAGUGCAUGAAACCGUACGCGUGUCAGAUCCCCGGCUGCACCAAGCGCUACACCGACCCCAGCUCGCUGCGCAAACACGUCAAGAUUCACUCGGCCAAAGAGCAGCAGGUGCGCCGAAAGCUGCGGCCCUGCCCUCAUCUGGACCAGGACCUCCUGAGUGACUGCCUGUCCAUCCAGCACCUGCAGAGCUCCAACCCCGCGUCCCAGCACCUGCACUGCCCCCCCGACCCACAGCACCUGUACAAAGACCUGCGCUCCCCCGGACUGGGCCAGGACAUCUUCACAGGCCUGUACACUGGCUCCAGCACGCCCCACCAUUGUCCCUCGCUGGAGCUGGGGUCCACCGCCCCGGCCCCUUGUCCUGCCCCCGAGAUGACCUCCAGGCUGGCCCGGCUGGACCCGGACCUCCACAGCCCCCACCACCUCUCACCCCUGGCUGCCCUGGAAGGCACGCGCGACGGGCUCUCCGGUCCCCUACUCUCCCCAGGAAUGAAGGCGACAGGGACCCAGUCUCCGACGGCGCUGGACAAGCAGAACAUCCACCCCCAGCACAAACCCUACUCCAGCUACCCUCACCCACCCUGUGCCAACGACGACUACCAGGGCAGCUUCCAGAGUUGCUUCCAUUUUGGAGACGCGUACAGGAUGGAGCAGGCGGUCGUCGGCGGCCACGUCCUGGCCGACUCUCACAACUACCCUUCCCAUCAGCCCAAUGGCUUUCACAUGUCCUCCAGCAACACCACCACGGGUUGCUCUGCAGGCUUCGGGCUGACCCAGGGCCUCCAGGGCGCCGGCGGGUGCCAGUUCUCCUCCAGCCCAGAGGAGAGCAUCUUCUUCCAAGUGGGCAGCUUCGACCGGAGCCUAAGCCACAUGUCCUCCUCGGUGUACACGGAGACAUGAGAGAGGGGCCGACCUGGCACUCCCAGGCCCCCGGCACGGAGCGCCGUACUCCCUCCAGGAUGCCUCUUAACACGCAAUACUUGUCUUAAUGCACUAGUCCCUGUCGUCUCUUCUUUGUUCCCUUCCAAACAUGAGUCAAUGGGUUGCUCCCAAAAGCCUUUUGCUUUGGCCUUUUUUCGGUAUAGCGUACGAACGUUCUAGCCGGGUUUGAGACAAUAACAUCAAUAAGGUUUAAAAUAGCUCAAACAAUUUUGUAUGCUUGCCGUGACACUAAAUUGCCUCCAUGCAAACAAUCUCGAUCUGGUGCUUUCACUAGAUUAGAUCAAAUGUUUUUUUAUGAAAUGUUCCGAUAUUAUGUGAUGAGUAAUCCAGUUCAUGUUGAUUGUUCCUGUUUGCAAUGGACUGUUAUCUCGAUGAUGUUUAUAAGUAUUGGCGGUCCAAAGCUCUAUUGUCAUGUAGCAUUUUCCUCUUUUUGCUUUAUGUAUCGAGUUGCGACACAAUGAGAAAAAAUAGGGACGGAUUUAACGACAUCCACUCCCUCCCUGUCUCGCUCAAUAUCGUUCAAUCAUUUCAAGGCUGAUGUGUAGAAAGAAAUCUAUAUUUUUGCUGUGUUGUUUUAUCAGUGUAAAAUAAGUGGUUUGCCGUUAAAUUUGUUUUGUUUAGUUAUCUGGAUAUGUAAUGUAAUGUCUGGAGGAGAAUAUGGGUUAAUCAAUUAUAUGUUGCAUUAAACCUUAAACCCAAUCUAUUUUAUCAUGUGUACAAAAUGUACAGUUUGUUUAAAAUGUUUUGAAUGUUUGUCAUUUCCCAAUGAAUUAAUUAAUAAAUGUAUAAUUAUGCAAAAUGUCUCCCUUUAUUUAAAUCUGUGACACAUUGUAUGAAAGCAUAAUA